GUUCGACUAGAUCUGGACAGUUUGAACUUGUUACCAGUCCUUGGACCGGUCGACCAUUCGAGCGGGAACGACAACGCAUUGUUUUUGGCCGCCGCUCGAGCCCUAGAUCGCACUGUGGCCGAACCAGAAGCCUACCGAUGGUCGUCGGCCACGGGCCAGUAUCAUACAAUUCAUGCCUACUCGGCAAAAGCCAACAACACUUUGUCCAAAUUGUGCCCCUAUCCAGUUCCACCGCUUUAUCGUUUAGGUGUUCUGGCUCAUCGAAACGUCACCACGGCCACUGUGCCUGACACAAGCCUACCUGGGCACAGACCAGUUUUAGCUGGUUGUCGAACGUAUCGACGCCAUGGUUACUUCCCCCCGGUGGAGGCUCUAUCUGGCAGAUCUGAUGCAAGCGGUCCCGAUAUGCAUCAAUCCAUGGAUUCAUACAAUCGUGCCAGUGUGGAUUCUGUUGACUCGGAUCAUCAGUACGUCCGGGAUAACGCCGGAUCAAUCACCUCAGCUCCCGUAGUGGCCUGCUUGGAGCCUUCUCGCUUGCCGGCCAUCUUCGGUUCACAUUGGAAUGUGGAACUGGCAUCGCCUCGUGCAGUCUACUAUGAAGAAAAACAGCUUUGUGGUCAGCUCAAACUGGAUUGCCAACAUUGUUUGGCUGCGUGUGCUGAAGAAUUGAAGAGCAGUUCGUUGACCUGCAAACCCACCGCGAACCCGGCUGAUAAUGGCCGUUCACCAAGACUGGAGAUUUGUUUCGAUUGUUGCGCCCGGGACAAUUGCAGUGAUGUAUGUGACAAAUACCCAGCGCAUCGAUGCCACAUGCAAAUGUGUCACUACGGUUUGCGCUUGGAUUUCCCGCUCACACCGGAAUGGCCUAAGCAAGGUGAAUUCCUAUGCCACGUACAGCCGGCUCCAAGUCGACCGGUCUAUCGUCUGCAUUGGAGUUUACUCUACCAGGGCCGUCCACUGACUCCCGACAGGUUCCCUGCAGCACUGGUGCUUUCCACACCAAAUGCAGAUGGAGAGCGACGUAGCACGCCUGAGCCUCAAUCGGGUACUGAACGAUGGAAUUUGGGUCAGGGAGGUCAGUUGAAUCAAGUUUAUCGCGGUCUACUCAAUGUACAGUAUACAUCUGGAUUGGAACAUUUGCCUGAUAUGAUUGGCGGCACGGAUACAAUGCAAAGCGCUUACUUCUGGAGUAAACAGACCAUCCCGUUGGUCAGUGGAAGUGCGACAAAUACUGCAUUCGAUCCCGUUGCUUCGGCCACCUCGGCUGCUGCCACUGGAGCCAUUUACGCCAACACAAUGCAAUCGUCAUCCUCGCACGAGCUGUCUAGCGUGCAAGUUUGGCCAUCACAGCCAUUAGGUGUGAGCACAGCCGCGUGGGCUCGUUUGAGUGGUGCACCGUGUGCGGCGGCCGAUCCGUUGUUGGAACAACUGAAUGUGUACACUCCUGCACUUCCACCAUACAUUGCCAUGGGUGAGGCCAAGGUCGAGUAUGUCGGCAACUAUCUGUACACAGUUUCACAUACAAAAACAAAACCAAAGCUCACCUUCAGCUUACCUCGAAGUGCAUCUUUGUUGGGUGCUGUGUUCAGUCCUGCCUCAGUCGAACGAGGUCAGUAUCUACGCGCUAGUCUCGCGCUAGCUUGGGUCAGUGGUGCAACUGGCAUGGAAGGCUCAAAUCGUGCAGACGCGCAUUAUACCGAGAUGAAAUCAGUAGAAACUCACGGAUCUUUUGAUACAUCCGGCUCGAGUGUCUCUUCAGACUCCCUGACAGGUCGUAUGCAAAGAUACUGGGUGAUUGAUUUGACCGGUCAGGUAGAUCAGUUCCCCGGCUUGUUCAGACUGCGAGUUUACCCGGAUAUUAGUAGUGAUGCUGACAGUACGGCGUCAGAGCACGCCGGUUCUCGAUUUCGUCAACGUGAAUUUGCCGACGCCACGGUAGAGGUGGAAGAUGAGCCCGGUGCGGGUGAGGUUGAUCCGAGUGAUCCACUUGGUGUGAACGAACCGGACGGUGAACCGCUAGUCGAAUACGAUGUGGGUGUGUUCGAGGAAAGAAAAUUUCAACUUCGCAUUUUGAUUCCGGGACCGGAAACUGAACCGGAUUAUGAGAAAGCAUUUCGACUGAUUAUUCUUGACGCGAAAAAUCGAUUGGAUAUUCGAGUCAAGCGGUCCAUUCAACCACCACACGAGAUGGCCCUGAGACGAAGUUAUGAACGAUUAAUUGAUGACGGUAAAUGCCAUGGCUGUGUCGGGCCAAAUCCAACCACAAUGAGUACGUUGAAUUUCGAAUUAGUUGUAUAA